ACAAGCAGGCAGACCCAGCUCAUAUAAACACUGAGAAAGCUGCUGAGUGGAUUCAUGGUGUUUUGAAUAAGAACUUGAUCACCGGUUCAAUUUGAAGUUCUGACUGGAUAUCGAUUUGAGAAAGCAUCUCAACACUAAUGAGCGCGAGCAAUUCUUCUGCCUAUCGAUCGGAGCGUAGUUACCAUCAGACGUCAUCCUCCUCAUCUUCAUCCUCUACCUCUGCAAACCCAUACAUGGAGAAGAGCCGAGGACUCUUCGCUGACGACUUUGGAUCUUUCAUGUGUCCGAAGGAUGCUUUGGGAUUUCCAAACAGAACAGGCACUGUUGGAAACAUCAAGACUCUUGGAGACACAUACCAGUUCACAGUGGACGUGCAAGACUUCUCGCCUGAGGAUGUGAUCGUCACCACCUCAAACAAUCAGAUUGAAGUUCAUGCUGAAAAGCUUGCUAGUGAUGGGACAGUGAUGAACACUUUCACCCAUAAAUGCCAGCUACCAGAAGAUGUGGACCCCACUUCAGUGAAGUCCAGUUUAGGGGCCGAUGGGACUCUGACUAUAAAAGCACAGAGAAACACAGCUAAACUGGAGCAUGCACAGACGUUCCGCACAGAGAUCAAAAUCUAGACCUGUGCCCUCCUGCUGUGUCUGUUUCACUGUGAUAAAUGACCUUGAAAAUAUAGCUACUUAGCCCUGCUUUGUCAUUCCUCCAUGACCUUCUCUCAUUUCUGCUCAUUAGACUUGGAUGGAAUUUAAUCCUGUCACAUGUAUUCAAAACCUUUAAGAUGAAUGCACUGCUAACGUCAGCUCUCUGCUAAUGACAUAUCAGCUUACAGGACAAAGUGGGCUCCAAAAUUCUGGAAGUACAUUUAAUCCAAAAUAUAAUUGAAACAUUGAAAGAUAUCAGAAUAUAUAUGGCUAUACAGUAGAUAUAGUACUUUAGUACUUUAAAUUAAAUUUAGUUCACCCAAACAUGUAAAUCCUGCCAUUAUUUACUCAUUUUCCACUUGUUCCAAACCCAAUUAAGUUCCGUUGAACACAAAAUAAAAUGUGCAAUGAUGGAAAA